CAUUUCUAUGUGCAGAUGCUGAAGAUGGAGGCUGUGAGGAUGGAGACUGUGAGGGGGGAAAGUGGGUUAGGCUGCAAGCUGAUUGGAGAGGCUGACUGAAGGAGGGAAGUGAGUCUGGAUCAGCUGUUAGCUGUCGAUCCUCCUUCCUCCCCUCACCACCACCACCCUCCCCAGCGUCAAGUAAAAAAAAAAAACAAAAAACAAAAAAAAACAACCGGAGUACCCGGCCAGAGAAGACACAGCGUCUGCCUGUGAAGACAGAAGUCAGGUGGACAGCAGCUUUUCGUAGAUUUCAGCAUGAACUCUCUCCCAGGAAGAGCCGCACUGUCCCUGUGCAGGCGCACGGCCACAGGCGGGAUGAUGAGGGUCCUUUCAGGUGCCCCGGCUGCAGGGGUCCUGUCGGCCGACAGGGCCUCUUUCCAAGCUGUGCGGGUCUGCCACUCCGGGACAAGCCGCAAGCCCACCGUCAAUACCAAGAAGAGGGGCUACGACAUCACCAGAAACCCCUACCUCAACAAGGGAAUGGCAUUCACCCUGGAGGAGCGCUUACAACUGGGUAUCCACGGCUUGCUACCCCCCUGCUUCCUGUCCCAGGAUGUCCAAGUCCUGCGCGUCAUGAAGAGCUACGAAACACGCACCAAUCCUCUGGACAAGUACAUCCUGUUGAUGACACUACAGGACAGGAAUGAGAAGUUGUUCUACCGUUUGCUGACCUCUGACAUCGAGGAGUUCAUGCCAAUCGUCUACACUCCCACUGUCGGCCUGGCUUGCCAGCAAUAUGGACUCGCCUUCAGGAGACCAAGAGGACUCUUCAUCACCAUCCAUGACCGAGGCCACAUUGCCACGAUGCUCAACUCCUGGCCAGAAGAAGACAUAAAGGCCAUUGUAGUGACUGAUGGGGAGCGUAUCCUUGGCCUGGGGGACCUGGGCAGCUAUGGGAUGGGCAUUCCUGUGGGGAAGCUGGCGCUCUACACAGCCUGCGGUGGGGUUCGGCCACAGCAGUGUCUCCCUGUGCUACUGGAUGUUGGCACAGACAACCAGGCACUGCUCAAUGACCCUCUGUACAUUGGGCUGAAGCACAAGAGAAUCAGAGGAAAGGAGUACGAUGAACUGAUUGAUGAGUUCAUGCAAGCAGUGACAGAUAAGUACGGGAUGAACUGCCUCAUACAGUUUGAGGAUUUCGCCAACAGCAACGCAUUUCGCAUCCUCAACAAGUACAGAAAUCGAUACUGUACCUUCAACGACGACAUCCAAGGCACGGCUUCUGUAGCUGUUGCAGGGAUCUUAGCAGCUUUAAAGAUCACCAAGAACAAAUUGUCAGACCACACUUUUGUCUUCCAAGGGGCAGGCGAGGCUGCUUUGGGUAUUGCUCAUCUGCUUAUAAUGGCCAUGGCCAAGGAAGGAUUGAGUAAAGAAGAAGCUGCCAAGAAGAUCUGGAUGGUGGACUCAAAGGGCCUCAUUGUGAAGGGAAGAAGCCACCUAAACCAUGAGAAGGAGGAGUUUGCUCAUGAGCACGCGCAAAUCAAAACGCUGGAGGAGGUGGUGAGCAUCAUCAAACCCACUGCCAUUAUAGGCGUCGCUGCAAUUGGAGGAGCCUUUACAGAGAAGAUAAUUAAAGACAUGGCAUCUUUCAACGAGAGGCCAAUCAUCUUUGCUCUGAGUAAUCCUACCAGCAAGGCCGAGUGCACAGCAGAGCAGUGCUACAAGCUCACAGAGGGUCGGGGCAUCUUUGCUAGUGGAAGUCCCUUUCAUAAGGUGACGCUGGCAGAUGGACGCACCUUCUACCCCGGACAGGGUAACAAUGCCUACGUCUUCCCUGGAGUCGCUUUGGGCGUUAUAGCCUGCGGAGUCCGCCACAUAUCUGAUGACAUUUUCCUCACCACCGCAGAGGCGAUUGCCAACAUGGUCACAGAGGAGCACCUGGCUGAGGGAAGGCUUUAUCCUCCUCUCAACACCAUUAGAGAGGUGUCCUUCAAGAUCGCAGUGAAGAUCGUCAACUACGCAUACAGAAACAACAUUGCUUCAGUGUACCCGGAGCCUAAGGACAAGGAGGCAUUUGUGCUGUCUCAGACCUACAGUUCUGAUUACGACUCCUUCACUCUGGACACAUACGACUGGCCAGAGGAGGCCAUGAAGGUCCAGGACGUGUGAUUGGGGUCAUCGGCGUCUCGUUCUCUCUCUAAACUAAACACGCUGCCGUAGCGGCACGUAAAAAUUGCCUCUAUUCUGAAAUUUUGCCUUUUCGUUUUUUUGUUUCUCUUUUCUUUUAUUUAUGUGACUAAACAGCUGCCCCGAGUAAAGCCAACCAAAUACUACAUAAGAAGAUUAUCUCAGUUUUCUGAGUGUUGUUAUUUCAAGUCAUUUUAUCCUCUUUUAGCUCUCUACUUUUAGUUUUCCAUAAAAAAACAUUUUAAAUACGCACAAAAGCAUAUCAGAUAUCAUUCUCACAGCAUAAACCAAUCUGAUUUCACAGUGUAUCACAACAUGUUUUUCUUGUCUUGACAUGAAGGAACAGAGGACUUAUUUUGAAGACUCUCUGUGCCUCUUACUGUGUGAACUCAGGAUGUCCAUGUUUUCAUAUUCCAAGUUCAAACUGUUAUAAGAGACACAUCUGGCUCGUCCCAGAUUUUCCACUCCGUCCCUGUGUGCACAUAUGUUAGCCUGCACGCAGGGCAUAAAACACUCCAUUAUCAACCUGUUUCUAUAUAAAACGAGUGAUUUCUGACAGCAGGCACUACUCACAUACUCUUUUUUUUAUGUGUUUGGAGGAAGCAUCGGUAAAUUGAGUUAUCCUCGUUUUUGUUCACAGUGCUGUGCUUCCCUUUGUUUGUUUUGUAAAGAGCUCUGCCUGUGUUUUUGCCAAAGUUGUCAGCUGUAUCAUAUUUUACUCCUAGAGGACGUGAUGCUGUGGACGCUUUAGCACUGAGAGAUAUGCUUGAAGUUUUCAAAGGGAACAUGAAGCUUUUUAAAUAAAAGUAUCAAUAAGAUA